AUGGCAUCUCCUGGAGGAAUGCACAUGCUAUUCAAUCAAAGAAUAUGCGUUGUUUUUGGCUGGCUUCAGGUCGAAGUACUGGAAGGCCAAUGGCGAAAAGCUAAUGAAGUUCGUACUGGUACCGGUGGUGGAGUCUGUGACGCUGCUUUGGAACUAAAAAGGAAACAUGAAUGGAAUGAUGAUAGCCCUGAGUGGGUCCGUGAAAAAUUGGUGGCUUUUGGGCCUAUCUUGAAAGAAUGCAAGUACUACUUCGAGCUCGAGCCAAUAUUCGCGUCACGACACGCCAACACUCGACUUGCCGUUGCACACAACAUAGCUCCCGAGACUGAAGAUGAAGAUGAUUCACGUAAUCCGUUAGAACAUUCACCGAACUCGAAUUUAGCAUAUCAAGAUGUUGAAGAUGAUUCACAGCGCAACCCUUUAGAACACUCGCUCAACUCGAACACGGCUCAUGAUGAAGAUGUUCACAUUGAAUCAGAUGAUUUGAUGGACAAACUUGGUGAAAUGUUUGAUGUUGACAAACAUCAAACAUCUCGCAGCCCUUCGGUUGCUUUGACGCAAACACAAUUUCGAGGCGCCACUACCAGCUCGACACCACUCAAAAGAACUGCCUCCAAAAAUUCUUUACAAUCCACGGUCGAUUCAAGUUAUCCAAAGCGUUACAAGAAGGGUUCUGCUUCGAAGAUUCAGGAUCUAGUCGUAUCUCAAAAGCUUAGUCGUGGUGGGCGGAGGUCAGUCUCAGUCGACCCUAACAAUCACAUCAAGGAGGAAGAUAUAAUUUCAAGACAUGAAGUGAAGAUCGAUCGAAUAUGCAACAUGGCUGAUAACCUAGCCAACAUGUUCCCCCAAGCACCGAAACCUGUCUUAGACGAAAAUCAAGAGAAGCAAAAAGCGAAAAUUGAACUCGAAACAGCUGAGGUGAUGCUGAAGGGAGAAAAGAAGAAACUCGAUUUAUAUGACUUUGAUCUGAAUGUCAAGCGUGAUCAUCACGAGCUUGACAUGGAAGCAAAACGGGCCGAAUUAGAACAUCAAAAGACUGCUCGACACGCUCAAUUAAUCAGCAUGUUAAUGAAAGAAAACAAUUUAACACUUCAUGAGGCGGUUAGUGCUGCUCAUAGCGCAGCAGGGAUUGUUCAUCAAGAGAAAAUGUAG